UGAGCUGCUGCGCCCAUCCACAGAUUCGACUCUUCAAUCGACAACAUGGCGAGUGUCCGCGCUGCCUCCAGACUCCUGUCCAAAAGGACUUUAGUCCAGACUAAAUCAGUUCCUGCUGCUGCAGUUCAGGCCUCCAGGAGCUUUCACUUUUCCAUCUAUGGAAAGAAGAAAAGUGCCAAAGUAUCAGAUGAUAUCUCCACCCAGUACCCGGUGGUGGACCAUGAGUUCGACGCCGUGGUGGUCGGCGCUGGAGGGGCUGGCCUCAGGGCAGCGUUCGGUUUGUCAGAGGCCGGCUUCAACACAGCGUGUGUGACCAAACUGUUCCCCACCAGGUCACACACGGUGGCCGCUCAGGGUGGCAUCAAUGCAGCCCUGGGCAACAUGGAGGACGACGACUGGAGGUGGCACUUCUACGACACGGUGAAAGGAUCCGAUUGGCUCGGAGACCAGGACGCCAUCCACUACAUGACGGAGCAGGCACCCGCCGCCGUCGUGGAGCUGGAGAACUUCGGGAUGCCGUUCAGCCGGACAGAGGACGGGAAGAUCUACCAGCGUGCGUUUGGGGGUCAGAGUCUGAAGUAUGGGAAAGGAGGCCAGGCCCACCGCUGCUGCUGCGUGGCCGACCGCACCGGACACUCACUACUGCACACGCUCUACGGACGCUCGCUGCGUUACGACACCAGUUACUUCGUGGAGUACUUUGCCCUGGACCUGCUGAUGGAGGACGGACAGUGUAAAGGUGUGAUCGCUCUUUGUAUGGAGGAUGGCUCCAUCCACCGCUUCAGGGCCCAGAACACCGUCAUCGCCACUGGAGGUUACGGACGCGCCUACUUCAGCUGCACCUCCGCCCACACCAGCACUGGAGACGGGAACGCCAUGGUGACCCGGGCCGGACUGCCCUGCCAGGACCUCGAGUUCGUCCAGUUCCAUCCCACCGGAAUCUAUGGCGCCGGCUGUUUGAUCACGGAGGGUUGCCGCGGCGAAGGAGGGAUCCUGAUCAACAGUGAAGGAGAGCGAUUCAUGGAGCGUUACGCCCCCAACGCCAAAGACCUGGCGUCCAGAGACGUGGUGUCGCGCUCCAUGACCAUCGAGAUAAGAGAGGGCAGGGGGGUGGGUCCAGAGAAGGACCACGUGUACCUGCAGCUGCACCACCUGCCCCCCCAGCAGCUCGCCACCAGGCUGCCCGGGAUCUCCGAGACCGCCAUGAUCUUUGCCGGCGUGGACGUGACUAAGGAGCCCAUCCCAGUUCUGCCCACGGUCCAUUACAACAUGGGCGGGAUUCCCACCAACUACAAAGGACAGGUGAUCACUCACACCGACGGGGAGGACAAGGUGGUACCGGGUCUGUACGCCUGUGGGGAGGCGGCCUGCGCCAGCGUCCACGGCGCCAACCGGCUGGGCGCCAACUCCCUCCUGGACCUGGUGGUGUUUGGCCGAGCCUGCGCCCUCACCAUCGCAGAGCAGCACAAACCCGGUGAGACUCUGUCUCCUUUGAAGUCCAGCGCUGGUGAAGAGUCUGUGUCCAACCUGGACAAACUGCGUUUUGCAAACGGAACCCUGAGGACGUCAGAGAUCAGACUGAACAUGCAGAAGACGAUGCAGGCCCACGCUGCUGUGUUCCGUACUGGAUCCGUCCUGAAGGAGGGCUGUGACAAGAUGGACGCUGUCUACCAGACUCUGGAUGACAUCAAAACCUUCGACAGAGGUAUCGUGUGGAACACGGACCUGGUGGAGACCCUGGAGCUACAGAACCUGAUGCUGAAUGCGGUUCAGACCAUCCACUCAGCCGAGCAGAGGAAGGAGAGCAGAGGAGCCCACGCCAGAGAGGACUUCAAGGACCGUGUGGAUGAGUACGACUACUCAAAGCCUCUUCAGGGUCAAGAGAAGAAGCCGUUCGAUCAGCACUGGAGGAAACACACCAUGUCCUAUGUCGACCCCAAGACUGGAAAGGUGACGUUAGAGUACCGUCCGGUCAUCGACUCCUCCCUGGAUGAGCAGGACUGCGCCCACGUCCCCCCCGCCAUCCGCUCAUAUUAACCCCGUCCCCUUUAAAACACACCCAUCUUAUAUUUAUGGACAAACUGUGGACGAACUGGGCCCGGUUCGGUUCUGUAUCUGUUGACACCCUGAAAUACAACAGUGUGACCUUCAUCUCACGUGUUUGAAUCCAUCAGCUUCAGUUUCAGUCGUGUUUCGACAAUGCUCACGAGUCGAGUCAGACGGAUGUUGAUCCAAGGCGUGGCUUUGUUUUCAUGUAUAAAUAUAAACUCUGCUGUUUGAUGUAAACAGAAAUGACUCUGAUGCAGGAGGGAAGGAUGUAAAUAUAUCUGAAUAAAGGUUGAGCUUCACUCAUGGCCUUGGCUUAGAAUCACAUGUACUUUAAUCAUCUGGUAGAAAUCAGACACAUUCACUUAAUAAAUGUUAAUGAAGCAGAUUAAGGCUAAAAAUUUUAUCUUCAUGUUGCAACUAAACCCUAAUAACAUCAGCUGGCGUUUGUCUUUGUGCAAAUGGAGGAUGAUGAUGAUGAAGGACCAGUGCAGGUUGGAUAGUUAUGCUUUUUUCUGCUGAAUGUGGAUCGUUUCAUGAACAUGGGUCGGUGCUGGUGCUUCAAAUGCAGCAGUGAUCACAGCUGGUUUUAUGAUAGAGGAGUUUGUGUUCAGUGCCGAUGCUCCAAUCCAACGGUGACUUAAUUUAUUUUGGUUCUGGUGAAGACCAUUUGUAUUCUUUUAUGCUGAAUAAAGUGUAGACUAUGCAUGAAA